AUGGCUAGCUCUAGCAGCAAGACUGGGCUUUUGGUGCGCCAAUUCAACGCCCUUCCACGCCCCACACCCACCGCUACGAUGAAGAACCACUACAUCUUCACGGUCAUGCCUCUCCCGCUCGGGAUGAAGGGCGACAUGCGCCACUCCGAGGGCCGGGCACGGAUCCUUACCCUGCCGUCUGUGGAAGAGCAGGCGAAAGUCAUCGUCCCGUUACUGCUGGAAGCGUUCGUGACGGCGUUUGACUACGAGCUCCCCGUUGCCACGGCGCCCGGCAGUUGGAGCACGACGGACGACAAGCUGGCAGAGGCAGUCUCGCGCCGGCUGGGGGCGCUGGGUGUCCGACGCGAGCUGCAAGAUGUCGGGACGAUGACUAGCGAGGCCGACCUGGCGUUGGUGGAGAAGGGGUUCGCGAGCUGGUCGCGCAGCUUCGAGAUGUUUGCGCCCAUGAUGCCGGACCAGAACGUGCAGAACGCGGACCGGGCGUGUGCGACGUGCGGGUUCAGCCCGUCGGUGGACUCGGAGCUGAAGCGCUGUGCACGCUGCAAGGCCCGGUAUUAUUGUUCGGUCAAUUGUCAGAAGGGGGACUGGCCGACGCACAAACAGAGCUGUCGAGCUCCUUGA